GAUGGGAGCCCGGAGUGGGGAUGAGGGUGGGGAUGGGAGCCCGGAGUGGGGAUGGGAGCCCGGAGUGGGGAUGGGAGCCCGGAGUGGGGAUGGGGUCCCGGCUGCCGGCAGCGGGGCAGCCCCUGGCUCUGCUCCCGGUGGUCCCGGCCUGCGCUGGGGCUGCCCCAGAGCUCGGCCACGGACUCAGAUCCGGCCCCGAGGGGCAGCCGGGCCCCGCUGAGCUCCGGCCAGGUGGGCAAUAGAGGUAUUUUUGUACACACGGCUGCGCUUCCUCUUCUUCUCCGAGCCCGGGGUCACCUGGUGGGGUGGGGAAGGAGCCCCGGCGCCCCCGGUGUGAGCUGGGGAACGGCCCCAGAGCCCCGGAGCAGCCCCGGCGGAGGUGACACAGGUCAGGAAAUGACUGAGGGCUGAGGGAGAAGCCAAAGCCGGCCCUUAUGACACCAAACGCCGCUCCCGUGCCAGCUGACACCGCCCGGGGCACAGCGGGGACCGCUCCCUGCUCCGGGAGGGAUCCCGGGAAUCGCCCCAGCUCCUCAGGAGCUGUUUGGGCUCCGUUCUCACCUGCCCAGGUGGGGGGCACAGGGGAUGAGCCUCUCCUCGGGGGGGACACCCUGUCCUGAGGCAUCGGGGCCGUGUCCCGGGAGAGCCCGGGGCUGGUUCCUGACUGGAAUUACACCGGGCCAAGCCCGGGAGAAGCGUUCUCUUCCCUGGAGAAGCGUCUGGAGCAAAUCCUGCAGGCUCUGAGCAAGCUUUGGGAUGAGGUUUCCCCGGGGAAAUGCAGCAGGGAGUGAGGAGGAGGAGGCAGAGGUCUGAUGGUGCCCGUGGGGGACCCGGUCCCCGUUAUUUCCCUGGAAAUAUCCUGGCCGGCACCCGGGGAGGCUCCAAAAUGGGAUUUUUUCCAUCGGGAUCGGCUGUGACCCCCUCCAGGGCUGGGCUGAGCCCCCCAGGGCUGGGCUGAGCCUCCCAGGGCCGUGGAGGGUCCCUGGAGCAGCUCUGGAGUGAGCAUCACCCCAAAACCUCGGACUGUGGCGGUGUUUUGGCCUUUCCCGGUGCUGCUGCAGGACCGGGAGGCUCCGAAGAGGCCGAUCCGAGCCGGGCUGGGGCAUCACGGCCUCCAGAGCUGAGUUAGGAGAUCUCAUUACCCCAAUUAAUGCUGCUCCCAGUUCACACCAGUCACCCGGAGCGAGGGUCCCGGCGCUCCCCAGUUCAGGUGAAGCCCCCCCGGGACUCUCCCCCCGCCUCCCUUUGGGGUCAGGCACGGGGAGCUGUGGAGUGUGGAGCAACCCCGGGAUUCUGGAUUUACCAGCCCUCCUCCCACUGCGGGCAGCCUGUAAUUAGCCGCGCUCUUAAUGAGUUUUGGGGAAGUUUUGGGUGCAGCCCGCCCGUGGUGCCCUCCCUCCCUCCCGCGGGACCCACAAAUAGCAGGGAGCGCCGGGGAGCUCCGGCAUUCCCGAGCCGCUCCCGGGACUCCCAAACCGCUUCCCGAGGGACGAUGGAGCCCUGGAUCCUCCUGGUGGGGGCAGGAAUUGUCCUGGGCUGCGUGUCCGGCCAUCUUUACACGUCCCCCGAGUCCUGCGAGGGUCGCUGCGGGGAGCCCUUCAGCGAGGAUGACGAGUGUCAUUGUCACCGCGAGUGCGGGACACAGCACAGCUGCUGCGAGGACUACGAGAGGCACUGCGGGCCCGGUGGGGAAGGGGCCGAGGGUGGAGCUCGGAGCCGCGAUGGAUUCUCCAGCAGCCGCGAUUCCAUCACGGAGCAGGAGCUGCUGGAGCUCUCGGAGCAGCUUUACCGGCUGGACCACAACAAAGCCCGGCCCGGUGACAUCGCCAUCAACCCCCAGCACCUGGCGGGACCCGACGAGACCGGGGACAAGCAGGACCGGUCCCCGCAGCCGCUCUACAAAUACGUGAACGAGGCGCUCUUCUCCAAGCCCACCUACGCCAGCUUCAUUAAGCUGCUGGAUAAUUACCAGAGGGCCACGGGCAGGGAGGAGGAGGUGACGGCCGAGGAAUUGCGGGAGCAGGAUCGUUUCCUCCAGGAGGUGAUGAAAACCGAGCUCAUGAAGAAACUCUUCGUGUUCCUGCAGGGGAAAAACCGCUACAGCUCCGAGGAGGAGUUCGUGCAGGAUUUGAAGGAGAUGUGGUUCGGCCUCUACUCCCGAGGGGAUGGAGAACGGGAUUCCAGCGGCUUCGAGCACGUUUUCUCAGGGGAGGUGAAAAAGGGAAAAGUGUCCGGAUUUCACAACUGGAUCCGCUUCUACCUCCUGGAAAAGCAGGGCGGCGUCAACUACUUCAGCCACAACUUCAACGGGCCGUGGGACACGUACCCCGAUGUGCUGGGGCUCCAGUUCAGCUGGGACGGCUUCUACAAAGAGGUGGGGUCGGCUUUCAUCGGCUGCAGCCCCGAAUUCGAGUUCGGCCUCUACUCCCUCUGCUUCCUGGCGCGGCCCGGCCGGGCGUGUCACCUGAGCCUGGGCGGGCACCGCCUCAGCGUCCAGACCUACCCCUGGACCAAAUCCAGCUCCAGCAGCGGCAGGAGGUUCAUCGCCACCGCCUACGUGAUGUCACCCUGAGGGGGGCACGGCUGGGGGGGCGAGCACCGCCCGCCCCGGGGUGGCCCCCGCGCCCCUCGGGGCCGGGAGUGGCCGCGCUGCGGGCCCGGGGCGGGGGCCCGGAGGGGCCCGGGAGGAGCGGCGGGGGUCGAACCCCGCGGGGAGGGGGCGAGGGGGACACCCCCAGACCCCGCCGUGUGUCGCGGGCCCGGGCUCGGCGGAAGAGCGGAGGGAAGGGAAGGAUUUGGCACGGAAAGAGGAUCCUGAGCGGAAUAAAAACGCUGC